AUGUCGGAGCCCCACAGGGUCCAGUUCACCUCUCUCCCAGGUUCUCUGAAUCCUGUGUUUUUGAAGAAAUCCCGGAAGGAGGACGUUGGGGGAGCAGAGCAGCAUCAGGACUCUGAGCCGGCUGCAGCAGCUGUUCGGAUUACACUCACCCUCUUUGAGCCAGAUCACAAGCGCUGCCCGGAAUUCUUCUACCCAGAGCUUGUGAAGAAUAUACGAGGGAAAGUGAAAGGCUUUCAAACUGGAGACAAGAAGAAAGAUCUCUCGGAUCCUUUUAAUGAUGAAGAAAAGGAAAGGCAUAAAGUGGAGGCCCUUGCCCGGAAAUUUGAAGAAAAAUAUGGUGGAAAAAAACGUAGAAAAGACCGACUACAGGACUUGAUUGAUAUGGGGUAUGGUUAUGAUGAAUCUGAUUCCUUCAUCGAUAACUCUGAGGCGUAUGAUGAGCUUGUUCCUGCUUCUUUGACUACAAAGUAUGGAGGAUUUUACAUUAACUCAGGAACCCUGCAAUUUCGACAAGCAUCAGAAUCUGAGGAUGACUUUAUUAAAGAAAAGAAGAAAAAAUCUCCAAAGAAGCGGAAGUUGAAGGAAGGUGGUGAAAAGAUAAAGAAGAAGAAAAAAGAUGACACUUACGACAAGGAGAAGAAAUCGAAAAAGUCCAAGUUUUCCAAAGCCGGCUUCACAGCCCUCAAUGCCAGUAAAGAGAAGAAAAAAAAGAAAUAUUCUGGGGCUUUGAAUGUUAAAGAGAUGCUAAAGAGAUUUCAUAAGGAUAAAGAGGCUCAGAGAAAGAGGAAUGAAGAGCAUAAGUCUGUAGCGGUCUCGUCAGCAGAAGCUCAGGGCUUACGGGAAUUGGAGGGCACCUCUGACCCUUUGCUGUCGCUCUUCGGCUCCACUUCUGACAAUGACUUGCUUCAGGCAGCCACUGCCAUGGACUCACUGACUGAUUUGGACUUGGAGCAUCUGCUCAGUGAGUCUCCAGAAGGAAGCCCCUUCCGCGAUAUGGAUGAUGAAAGCGAUUCCCUUGGGGUGGGACUGGACCAGGAAUUCAGGCAGCCCUCUUCCCUCCCUGAAGGCCUGCCUGCACCCCUGGAGAAGCGCAUUAAGGAGCUGGCUCAGGCUGCCAGAGCUGCUGAGGGAGAGAGCAGACAGAAGUUCUUCACCCAGGAUAUUAAUGGCAUCCUCUUAGACAUAGAGGUGCAAACUCGGGAGCUGAGUAGCCAGGCUCGUUCUGGGGUAUAUGCCUAUCUUGCUUCAUUCCUGCCCUGCAGCAAGGACACCCUGGUCAAGCGUGCUCGAAAGCUUCACCUCUGUGAACAGGGAGGGCGUCUGAAGGAACCUCUCCAGAAGCUUAAGGAAGCCAUUGGCAGGGCAAUGCCAGAGCAGAUGGCCAGGUACCAAGAUGAAUGCCAGGCCCAUACACAAGCCAAGGUUGCUAAGAUGCUGGAGGAGGAGAAAGACAAGGAGCAGAAAGAACGGAUUUGUUCUGAUGAGGAAGAAGAUGAAGAAAAGGGGGGCAGGAGGAUAAUGGGACCCCGGAAGAAAUUUCAGUGGAAUGAUGAAAUCAGGGAGCUGCUCUGCCGGGUGGUGAAGAUAAAACUGGAGAACUAUGAUGAGAAGAACAACAAAGUCCAUUCUUGGGAAGAUUAUGUGAAGGUGUUUCUGGAUGCUGAGGUCAGACCUCUCUGGCCUAAAGGCUGGAUGCAGGCCAGGACUCUGUUUAAGGAGAGCAGACGAGGCCAUGGGCACCUGACAUCAAUCCUGGCCAAGAAGAAAGUAAUGGCUCCUUCCAAAAUCAAGGUGAAGGAAUCAUCUAUUAAACCUGAUAAAAAGGUUUCCGUCUCAUCAGGCCAGAUUGGCGGCCCACUAGCUUUGCCUUCAGAACACCCAGGAGGAGGCCUGAAUUCUGGAGCUGCAAACAGGGAGCUUUCGUCCCAGGCUUUGGGCAGCCAAACGAAUCCUGUUCCUGUCAGCCUGGAGAACUCGUUGGAUGGAGACUUGAUCCAUAAUUCAGCCUCCUCAUUGGAGGCUGUGUCGAAGGAACUGGCUGCGCUGAACAGCAGAGCAAGUGGGAGCUCCGAGUUCACAUUGCCUGCACCCUCAAAAGUGCCUGCAGAAAAAGUUGCAGGUGUUUCAAGUACGGAAGAAAAAAGGAACUUUCCGAAGGCUAGCCCUUCUGCCCCACCACCCUCCAGCUCUUUGCAGUCACCCCUCAAUUUUCUGGCUGAACAGGCUCUGGCACUAGGGCAGUCCUCUCAGGAGAAAAAACCAGAGAGUUCUGGCUAUAAAGAGCUGUCCUGUCAGGUUUCCCUGAGCAAGAGCCUGCCAGAAGGGCACCAGUCCAAAGCGAAACACCAUGGUUUGCCACGGACGUCUCAUGCACCCCAGACAGCAGCUCCCGUGCCUGGCCCCCAAGUAAAAGUCUUUCAUGCAGGCACUCAACAACAAAAGAGUUUCACGCCCCCAGCUCCAUUUGUCAGUAAACUCCAAGGCCCAAAGCCUUCUUCCCCACAGUGUCAUCGUUCCUUCAUGCAGCUUAUGAAGACGGCAGCCAAAGGCCAGAGCUUCCAUUCCUCCACACCAGCCUCUUCAGGAGGCACGCCAGCCUCCAGCAGUAGUUCUCAUAAGACCCCAGCCUUGUCCUCCGCUGCCCUGAGCCAUCCAGCAAAACAGCACUCAGCCAGCUCCUCAGGGCCAUCUUAUAAGAAUAGCCCUUUUGCCGGCUCUAUCUCCAAACAUGGGAUUUCUUCUGGCAGCUCUUCUGUAGGAACACCAGUCCAGAGCUCCACUUCCGGGAAUCUGCUCCCCGGUGCACAGCCUGCCUCUACAGGACAGCCUGCCAGCCGACCUGUCCCAGGCUCUGCAGUGAAAAAACCAUCUGUUUCCCAGAAGCUGACCCUGGUGGCCCCUCCGGGGGGUCCAAGUGGAGAUUCUAGUGGUGGGACCCAGGGAGUGGCCAAGUUACUGACCUCCUCCCUGAAGCCCAGUGCAGUUAGCAGCGUGACAUCGUCUACCUCCUUGCCAAAAGGAACAAGUGGGGCUGUGCUACUGACCAGCUCAUCGCCCUUAAAUCUGCUAUCCUCAUCCUACAAGACAGGCGGCCCAAAGCUGCCUGGGUCUGUGAACUCAAACUCCCUGGGGAUCAUCUCUCCGUUUCCUCUCCGUGUACUCUCCUUUAGUGCUGACUCCUCUGCCAAAGCAGGGGUCUCCAAGGAUGCCAUCGUCACGGGACCCGCCCCUGGGACGUUUCAUCAUGGCCUCAGCCACAGUCUCCUGGCUGGCUUGCACUCCAGCCCGCCCCACACAGCACCUCUCCCACACGCUGCCGUGUCUACCCACGUCCCACAGAAUCUCCCAGAUGCUUCUCAGCUUCAUGGGAAAGGGGCUGGUGUUCCACGGAAAUUGUGA